AGGUGUUUCGGUCAUACCAAUUGCCUUCUCAGUCCUCAGUCGGCUCUCGUUAUGGAGGAGUUUGCCACGGCUGGUACGUCAGCGAUAGCGGCGAUAUGCAUCAUGCACCCCGUGGAUGUCGUCAAAACCCGAUUGCAAUUCAAAGGCGAGGCUGCACUCUCAUCUGUGGCCGCUCUACGAACACCAGCAGCAGCGGCAGCGUCAGCUGUCGGCCGGCCAAGAGGGGUGGUGGGUCAGCUGGUGUCGAUAGCGCGCUACGAAGGGGCAAGAGGGCUCUACAGAGGACUCGCGGCCGCAUGCCUGCUGCAGGUCAGUGUCACUGGCACGAGGUUUGCCACCUAUGGCAUGGGGAAGCAGCUAUUGGCUGACAGCUCGGACGGCGGCGGCUCAGACGCAUCUCGGCCGUCGGCAUCGUCGAGUUAUCUUCGCAACACUGCACUGGGGCUGGUCGCGGGGGUCUGUGGCGCGAUAUGUGGGUGCCCUUUCUUCGCACUCAAGACGAGCAUGCAGGCGCAGUCAGACGUGGCGGCAUUGCAAGCGGGUUUUCAGCAUGGCUAUACGAGCCUUCGGUCGGCCUUCGUCAGCAUCUAUCGUGAGUCCGGCGGCCUGAGGGGAUACUUCCGGGGAGUGGAUGCGUUCGUCUUGAGGUCGGUCGGUGGAUGGUCAGGCAGGAAGCAAAGGGAAGGGCCACACCACACCACACCCUUUCAUCAGUUUCAUGUCUGUGUCGUGUGUGCUGGCCAUGCUAUUGCUUGCAGAGUGGGCAUGUGGUCGGCGGGUCAGCUGUCGACCUACGAUGCGUUCAAGCACUCCCUCCUCUCUGCUGGCUUUGCCGACUCGACGCCCACUCACCUGAUCGCCUCGGCUGCCACGAGUGUUGUGGCGUGUAUGCUGAUGACCCCCUUCGAUUUUGUGGCCGCCAGGAUGAUGAACCAGCCGUCGAAUCCCGACGGGCGACCCAUGUUCUACAAGAGCCUCCCAGACUGCUUCGUAAGAGCCCCCCAGAUGCGCACGCGUGAGCGCAUGUAUGUGUGUCCGUGCGGAUGUGCUCAGGCCAAAUCGGUGCGGAACGAGGGCAUCCUCAGCCUCUACAAGGGCGGACUGGCCAAUGCUCUGAGGAUGGGGCCAUACAACAUCCUCAUUUUCGUCUUCUAUGAGCAGCUGAAGAUGCUGAAGGCGAGUUUUUCGUAGGGCAGCCUGCCAGCACCCCAAUGCGCGGAGGGAGGGAUGGGGUCGCAGACAAUUUUGUUCAUG